AUGUCAGACUCAGUAACUGAGGCGGAUUUGGAGAUGGAGGACCAACCGGUGAGGUCGCGGCCCGUCUCGCGGCCCAGGUCACGGGCAUCUCGUCCGUCAUCGGCGUCGUCGACGCGCUCGACGCGCUCGACGCGAUCUAUGUUGGUGGAGGACGAGUUGUCCGGAUGUUUGGUGUCCCGUGAUGACGGGCUCACGAGGACGGCCGUUGCUAAGCGGCCACACACAGAUGGGGCGGGUCCCUCCGGGGCGAUGGGUAGUGGUACCCAACCAUCUAAAAUACCCUGCUCCUCGUCCCGGGGCGGAAAGCCUCCCUCAAAUACGGAGAGAGAGAAGGCUCCUGCGACAUUGCCGGUGUCCCAGCAGGAAAGCCGACGGACCGGGAUCCUCCCUGAUGGCGGCGUGGUGUUUGUCCGCCCCAAGGAGGUCUCUUCAGCGAAGAGGGUGGAGCCCUCUAAGGGUGAGAUGGACUCGCUCGCCGUCUUCAGGGAGGAGAUGGGAGACAAACUGCGGUCAAUCCUGCACACCGUGCAAAAGUGCCGCAACAGAAAAGGUGCUGAGGUGGGCCUCCUAAAGAAAAAUAUAGGAGAUAUCUUCCUCAUGGCAGAGAGGUUGGAUCCCGAGGUCCCUGUGGAUGAAACCUUCUCCACGUGGGCGGUCGAGCGGCGGAGCGUCAACGAAGAACUGGCCAAGCUCCGCAAGGCCAACGAUGACCUUCGUCGCCAAGUGGAGGAACUUACCCGCCUGGCUAAGUCCCAACCCCGAACCCUUUCGGCUGCCUCCUCGGCUCCCAAGGAACCGACGAAGAGGAGCAUCACAGUCCCGGCUCCUGCGCCGAGUGAUGUCGAGGCAUUCAGGGCGGAUAUCUUGGAGUCGGCCGGCCGUUUAAUUUCGGCCCAGGUGGAGGAACAGAUGAGGAAGGGCUUCAUCCAGUUGCGGGCCCUUCUGGACAAGUCCUCCCCGGCGCCGACUAUCCGCCCUGAGUACCGCCCGCCACUUCAAAGCGACGGGCAGUACGAGGUUCUGUCACGUCUGCCUGGCGCAGGGGGACCAGGAUUUAGGGACGCUCCCCAUCUGCAGGGAAGUCGGGGUGCAGACUUCCCACGUCUGGAGAAGCGUCAGCCCGCCAACCGUCCGGUUUCCGACGGUCAGCAGCCGGGCCCGUCGGGCGUGGGACGCGCGCAAGAAGGGUGGAACACGGUGGUGAAGCGGGGCGGUAAAACCCGCACCGUCCCCGAGAGACAGACUCAGAGCACCCAGAGCACACAGAGGAGCUCUGGGGCUGCCUCUCAGGGAAGGAAGAACAAGCAGGCCCCGCCAUCACCGUCCAAACUGCGUGCACCGCGAUCAGCGGCUGUGGUGGUUACCCUCGCUCCGGGGGCGGAGGCUGGCGGGCUGACGUACACGGAUGUGCUCAAGGAGGCGAAGAGCAAAAUAGACCUCGCCUCCUUGGGGAUUGGAAGCUUACGCUUUAAGACCGCGGCUACUGGGGCCCGUAUACUGGAAAUACCAGGGUCCCAGACGGGAGAACAGGCCGACGCGCUUGCGUCGAAAUUCCAAGAGGUUUUCCCGGCGGAUACCGUCCGCAUCUCCAGGCCCGUCAAAACGGCCGAAAUGAGAAUGAUGGGUCUGGACGACGGUACCGACGGGGAAGAGGUGGCAGCCGCCGUAGCCCAGCAGGGCGAGUGUGCGGCGGCCGCCGUCAAGGUCGGAGAAAUUCGACGAGGCGCGUCAGGCCUGGGCACCUGCUGGGUGCGGGCCCCACUAGCCGCGGUCAAGCGGAUCACGACGGCAGGCCGGAUCAAGAUCGGCUGGGUGUCCGCUGCUGCGGAACUGCUGCGGCAGAAGCCGCUCCGGUGCUAUCGGUGCCUCGAGAGCGGGCACGUGUUGGCAAGGUGCUCGCACGAGGAGGACCGAGUGGCUUAUGCUACCGGUGUGGAGAACCCCGCCACAAAGCGGCUGGGUGCAUGGCGACUCCACACAGCGGGGUAUGCGCAGCGGCGGGUCGCCCAGCCGAUCACCGGGUAA